AUGUGGGGGGCUCAGGAGUCCCCCAGCAAUGGUGUCCCUCCCUUAGGACUGCUGUACCCCUAUGGGGCAGAGGUUGGAGACGAAGCCACCCCCCAUGAGGACGAUGGGAUGAGCCCAGAGAUCAUCCUAUGGGAGACCUUCUCCUUCUAUGGACAGCCCUACCGCUCGGUCUAUGUCAACAACAACGGGGUCCUGUCCUUUGGGAUCGGGGUCCCGGAGUUCACCCCCCAAGCAUUCCCAUUGGCCGGGGCCCGCCCCUUGGUGGCUCCCUAUUGGGCGGACGUGGACACGCGGCUGGGGGGCGACGUCUUCUACCGGCAGAGCCGCGACCCACGGCUCUUGGCCCGCUUGGGCCGGGACUUGGCCGCGGUCACCGUGGGGCAGGCGCCGAGCCCAACGUGGGCCUUGGUGGCCACCUGGGACCGGGUCUCCUACUUUGGGGCCGCGUCGGACAAGGUGAACACCUUCCAAGCCGUGUUGGCCACCGAUGGAGCCGCCUCCUUCGUCAUCUUCAACUACGGGGACCUCCAAUGGACCACGGGCAUCUCCAACCAGGGGGACCCCCACAGCGGCCUGGGGGGCAUCGCGGCCCAGGCCGGGUUCGACAGCGGCCCCGGCGGCCGCUCCUUCACCCUGCCCGGCUCCCGCUCCCCCGCGGCGCUGAGCCUCGGCCGCCGCAGCAACGCCGGCACCCCCGGGCGCUGGAUCUUCCGCGUGGAUCGGGGCCCCACCGAGCCCCACGGGGGCACCGAGGAGAGGGUCUACGCGUGCGGGUAG